UUCUAGUUUUGUUUCCAAUAAAACGACAACAGAGACGGAAAAGGCAUUAUCUUGCGCCUAAACUUGGCAAGCUUCCCUGCGGCUUUGUACAAAGGGACGCGAAACGGAACAAAAUAUGAAAGAAAUGUUUUGACCGAAAGUUUAGUGUUGACUGAGAGACAUAUUACGUGAAUAUUAAUAGAAAGAGUUAUUAUUAUCUUUAGAUUUUAUGAUGACCACGUACCUGAUAUACACGUUAACGUUUUAAUCAAGAGACCGAGGGGGAGGAUGGCGUGCGCGAGCGUGAAUUGCGAGAAGAAUGCGGGCGAGUGGAAUCGGAACUGAGGGAGAAGCGCCAGCAUCCGCGACGUCGAGGGUAGGCAGGUAAUGUCGGAGAUCAUGUAGAGGCCGAGCUGACCAUGAAGAACAAGACGGAGUUAUCGAGCACGGAUGUGUGUGUGAGGAUGAGCAAGGCCGGGCUGGAGGGGGGAGGGCUGGGUGUGGUGGGGGACAAGAGGCCGCCCUCUCCCCACUCCCCAGCGCCCUCGCCCCCCAGGAGAGCUCCCACGCCGCCCUUGCAGACACAGAUCAAGUGUGAGAGCCCCAUACCCCUGAUCAGCAGCCACGCCCCUUCACCCCGUCCGCUGGUCUCGCCCCCAGCCACAGGCCCCGGGGCGGAGGUGAAGGGCAAGCCAGGGACGGCCAUCCCCAGUGGCAGUGUCAAGGGGGCUGCGCCAAGACCCGGCGAGGGAGGCGAUGAGGCUGCGUCAGGCAAGGCCGUCGCUGGGGCCUCAGCUGGGAAUGCCGGAGGCAGGCUGACAUUUUUCAAAGAGGGAAAGUUCCUUCUGGAGUUGUCACAUCGUACGGACAUGGGUGCCUCAGCAGGAUGGGUGCCAGUGAAAAGCAAGACAUACUGGCCCCCUCCAUCAUCUACUACCACUACUACUACACAACUCCCAUUGCGUCAUGACACUCCUACUUCACAGUCUGAUGACUGUUCCUCACUGAACUCUUCCCCUUGGACUGGUGAGCAUGUGAGAAAGCAGCCAAUGCCUCGACGUGAUAAGUCCUCGGUGCGGCAGAGUUUUUUGUUCCAUUGGCACACCUUGCAUCUCACACGGGAUGUGAGAAAGAAAAUCAGACUGAGAAGAAACCCCUUUGCCUGUAUUGUUGGUCCAGUGGGAUGUAGGGAUCCUUCAGAACCAAAAGAAAUUAUUCGAAAGAUUAUAAAAUCAGAAAGUGGUGGUAAUGGUGCAUUGCAAGAUAAAAAGAGUAGAUUAGAAAGUAGGGUUCGUGCAUUAGGUGAAAAGCUUGGCUGGGUGUUGGACAGUAAGAUUUCUCUUCAGUCAUUAUUUGAGAAACGGACAGUCAUUGCUGAAACUGUUGAUCCUACUUUUGUAUCGCCAAGAAAAAGAUAUUUGCGUCAGAUGGAGUCAGAUCAAGAAUCUUUACAUCGGAAAAAGCUUCACUCUGGAUCAAACAGUGUGUCUCAUAUCCCUGGGGAUAGACCAUCUUCAUCCUCUUCCCCUUCUCAUCACCAUACCAACAGAAGUGCCAUUAAUUCACAAACUUCAUCAGUGUACAGUAUUGAUUCUAUACUGAACAAUGAAUCUGCCAAUAGAAAAAGUGAUUCCUUCCUUAGAACUUUAUUAAAACCAGAAACCAGUGUUCCCCAGUCUAAGCCCAGUGUUGUAAAGGAGCAUUCUAAUGAUAUGUUGGCAAACACAGUGAAAGUGGAAAGACAAGAGAGGACAGAUAGAGGAUCUGCAGAGAGGUUGGACGCACUCACUUCUGGCUCAAGGGACCGAAAAGAUCCAGUCUCAGACCUUAGCAGAAUAUCAUCAGACCGGUAUGAACUGGGAAGAUAUGGGUCAAUGGGUAGCCUGGCAAGUCUUUAUGGAUUUACUCCCUAUUUGGACCAUCGCUAUAUGAUGUUACAAUCAUUAGCUCCAGGACUUCAGUCACUGGCGCCAGGCCUAGUCCCAGCCAUGUCUUCCCAACAGCCUGAGAUGGCUCAGGCUGUUGCUGUUGCAGCAGCAGCAGCAGCAGCUGCCGCAGGAUUAAGUACAUAUCCUCUGAGCCAUCUGCAUCCAUCUUUGGCUGGGGCACAAUAUCAACCACUGAUUGCAGGAGGAUUGUCACCUGGGCACACUCCACCCACAUCAAUAUCCUCCCAAAUAUCACGGCACCAGGCUCAAACAUCACGAUCCUCUCCACAUCCUCUGACGCAUAGUCCAAGUCCAAAGCCUCCACAAGCUCCCAGCACACCUGCUUCCCCACAUCUAAGCCGUGGGGCUAGUCCGCGAGGAGCUUCAUCACCAUGGCACCAACCACCACCUGCACAUCCUCAUUCUCCACAGAAGCCUAUACUAUCACCACAGCCAUCACCACCACCACAAGAUGCACCACUCAACCUCUCCAAACCAAGAAAUCACCUAGGGAAGUAGAAGAGGAGCACAGAAUACCUUAUAUUGACGAAAUAGCAGUGGAAAUUUGGCUAUAUUAUGGAAGUUUAGAAAAAGAAGUGUUUCAGACUUUGCUAAAAUAGGGAAAGGAGCUAUUUUUUUCUAUUAAAGUACAUUUGAGUAGUCACACGCUGUGUUAGGUACAAACAGACUAAGUAUAUCUUGACGUAGCCUGAAUGUUUUUUAAUUUAAUUUUGUAUUGAUGGAUACUUACACACAUUGCUAUGUGUAGAUGCAUUUAUUACACAGAGCAAAUUACCAAGUUUAAAGCUUGCUUGGAAAAUGGAUUUCACCAUUUUCUUUUCUACUAGUACAAUUUUUAUGUGUAAAAACAACCAGUUGAGGUUUAACAUUGUAUAAACAGAUGCCUCAUAUAUUCAUGUAAAUUGUAAUUAUAAUAUUAAUUAUCAGAAGCAUAGUAGCUUUCUGUCCAAAAUGAAAAGUGUAUUGCAGAAAUAAAAUAAAGUUCAGUAUUAGCUGCUGUAUAUUUUCAGCACUAGAGUUACCAGUCAGGUUGCAUGAUGUUGAAACUGCAGGGAGUCAAAGUACCGGUAGUGCUUAGAGCAGACAAAUGCACUCCUGGAUAAAUGUGUGUGUGCUUAUUAACUAGCUGCACACAUUUAAGUUGCAUCUGCCUGUGCAGAUUUCAGUUAGCUUGUGCAUGUAGGGGUGGUGAUGCUCAGUCAGGACGAUGAAGGUCGUGUUUGUGUAUGGUGUGUGAUCAUGUAAUCUCAUUAUUGUAACAUAUUAAUUAUACCCUAAUUAUGAAAAUGGUGUGAUGAGUAGUGAUGAUUGAUCUCAAAAGAACGUUUCAGGAAGUUGGUCACUCUUGUAUAUUAUCUCCUGUAUUCAUUACCAAAAUCUAAUAGUUGCUUUCACCAGCCAGGCAUCUAGAGGGUUAUUUACCUUGUAAAGGCUCUCUGGUGUAAUGUUCUACCUCUGAAUAUUCUGUCCAUGUAAGGAACAAAUUUUAAGAAGCUUUUGCAUCAUGUAGGUAAUCAUUUUGAUUAUCAAUAUAAUGCUAGAAUUAAAUGCAGUUAGUUCAAGGGGAUUCUUGAUCACUUCAUCUUUGAUCUUGACCCUCUGUCUGCAUUGCUUCAGAACUGUUAAGUGUAUUUCCAAAAUGUCAACAAUUUUGUCCAACAAAGUCUUAUGUGGCCUUAUGAUUGAAAAUUAAUUUUGUGUGCCUUUCUUGGCAUUAUUCAAAUGCUGCCAGAACAUACAAUUUAUGUCAGACUUUCCUAAAUGUGUCUUUGUAUGCAAACAAAAACAGUAUUCUAUUUUACUAUAAACUUGUAUAGAAGUUUAAAGAUAAUUUAUCUUCUAGUGUAUGUGUAACAUUCACUGCUCUAUCUCAAAUUCUUUCUUCACAGUUACAAAGAUGAUGCCAGCUAGUAAUGUGUUGGUUGUCACUGGCUUGGUAAGGUAACAUGAUUUGAAAUGGGCUCCUAAUCUGCAUAGAACUACUUAGCUUGAAUAACUUGUAAUCAUAUAGAAGUUAAUCAAGCAUGAAGAAGAAUAAGUAAAAAAAAUAUUGGGAUCUUUAUUAUAGAAUAUCAAAUGCAACCAUUGUGAUAAAAAUCUGCUUCACCAAAGGCUUUGAUGUUAGGGGUAAGUGGAUUUUUCCUCAUUUGUUUUUGAUAUCCUUGCAAUGCAAAACGUAAUUGGAUAGAUAUUCUAAAUAAUAUUUUUAUAGAUACUUCAACCUGCUGUCCUUUAUUUAGAAAUGUUUCAUGUUUCCAGUAACAAUAUUACUAAACUAGAUCAGCCAUUCUUCUAAGUAGUAAUGCAUUAUUCACUGGAAGUCUUACAUCAGAAUUUAAAGUUAAAAAGAUGAGAGGGCAGCUGUAAUAGUUAGGGCAUUUAUCAAAUAUUAAUUAAGAUGUCAGUAUGGGUAUGGGCUAAGUGAUUGUAACUAGUGUACCUUGAGCUUAACAGGAAACAUUAUGUUGAACCACAAAUUAUCACAAAUUAGUUUAUCAUACAAGAUAUAGGACCACUGCUUGAGGAUGGAGGGAAAGAAUGGGCAAUUGAUUCCCAAUAGAAGACUUACCAUAGGUGAUAGUAGACUUGUAGAUUUUAACACUGAUAACAGUCAGGUUAAAAGAAAAUUGAUUUGCAAGUUACUGUACUAUGUAUCUGAUCAAUGCCUUUGAAAAGACCUUUAUUAUAACUCAAUUUAUAGAUCAAAUUAUACUCUAAUCAUAAAUGAAGCCUCUGAGGUAUAAUGUUUUGUGCCAUUAAUAAGGAAGCAAGCCAUAUGAAGUCAUUUGUGCUUCAGAUUUAUCUCUCUCAUGUGUUAGACUAGUGGAGAACAAGUCUCUUAUAAAGAAUAACCUAAAUAAUAGUCUGCAGCAUGAGAGCAGUCCUUGAGGUACAAAAUGUGGGGAAUAAGCUCUUAAUGAGUUGAUGCUUUGCUUCAGAAAGGCUAAAUUUGUGAUACUUAACUAUAGCAUUUGUCAGCAUUAACUUAUUUAAUUUAGAUACCACUGCCACAAACAUCUGUGCAUUUACACAAGAAUCUUAUGCUUAUUUUUUUGUAACAUAUGUGUAUAACUGUAUAAAUGCUGUGAAAGAAUGUGUAAGGAUAAAAGGUUUUGUAGCGCUGAACCUUGGUAAUUCAACAUUGUAAAAAUGUUUAUAUGUUUUAUAUUGUGCCAAAAUGCAUUUUCUCUAA